UAUUUUCAACCGCAAGGUCACGCGAUUAAACACGCCUGCUGAUUGGUUCAUUUCCGCCUCGUGAUCCUUACCAUGCUGUUUACAUGUGGUUACUCAUACCAACCGGCCAGGUUACAACAAACAGAGGGAGGAAGGGCCUCAACCCGUGGAUCUAUUCAGUGAAAAGUUAUGUUUAGAAAUAGGAUAUGUGAACUUUAUGAAAACGGACGAAAUGCACAUAAAAGCUAGUUGUAAAAUGUAGCCUUUGGAAGAAACAGCAUAUUUUAGAUAAAACAGGCAUGAAGUUUCUUCAUCAGCCACAACUCGCAAGAUUUUACAAAAGUUUAGAUGUUUUCCGUUUUUCAAAAUGCGGAUGUGCAACAUUGGACAACCUGAUUGCUAAAAAUACAGAACUCACCAGGGACCACAUGACACCGGAAGUAGCUUUACGUUUAAUCACCAAACGAUGUCCACUGUGGAAGUGUAGGCCAGAUGACAGUGCGCCGUUUUCGGAUCCAUUCUGGGCAUUUUAUUGGCCCGGGGGACAAGUUCUGACCAGAUAUAUUUUAGACAACCCGGCUAUAUUUAAUGGGGCCACGGUGUUGGAUGUCGGGAGUGGAUGUGGCGCCUCCGCAAUAGCUUGUGUCAUGUGUGGAGCUGAAAAUGUUAUAGCCAAUGAUGUUGAUCCAGUUGCAAUUAGAGCGAUCCAGUUGAAUUCAGCAGCCAAUAGGGUGACAGUUCAAACAUCAAGAGACAAUAUGAUUGGUCAACUAAAUUCAGAAUGGUCCACUGUUCUUUUGGGUGACAUGUUUUAUGAUGAAGAAUUCAGAGACAGUCUAGUGGAAUGGACAACUAAUUUGUUCAGUAAAUUUAAAACAAAUGUGUUCAUUGGUGAUCCAGGGAGAUUGCCAUUUCUAGACCAUCCAAUCAGAAAACGUCUUACAAAAGUUGCAGAAUAUGACCUUGAUGGGUCAUGUAAAGAAGAAAACAAUGGUCUGUCUACAGGCUAUGUAUGGAAACUUGAUAGAUGAUGAAAAUUAAUUGUAAUAUUGUUUAAUAAAUAUACAAAUUAUG